GAGAGGGGGUGUGUCCACAGCGUUUCGGCGGCGCCUGUUGUGGAAAUUCCCUUAUUCUGCCAUUAUAAACGCGGUGUUUACAAUUCAGACACAAGUCGGCAGCGGAGCACAGCGGUUGCAACGCAUAUGGAGCGUCUGGUAAAUCACAAUAUGUAGGCAGGCUGGCAGCCGGAGAGAGCGGUGAAAUCGCGCGGGGUUUAAAUGGGAAACCUGAUGGGUAGCUGGAGGUACAGGGACCCAAGCACGGUGGAGGAAUGCGACUCGACCUGGGAGACAGACUCGGAAAGCGACGAACCGCAGCCAGGAGAGGAAGACAGCGGGAUAUCGGAGUCCAUCAGCCCGACAGAUUCGGGGAAGUGUGCCGAGCAGUUGGUCUCUCCGCAGCAGCUUGGCGACUCGCAGGAAUCCACCGCUAAAAUGAAACGGAGCUUUUACGCAGCCAAGGACUUGUACAAGUAUCGCCACAACUACCCGAACUACAAGGAGCCCAGGCAGCCCACUGAGUACCGGAACCUGAGGUUCUACAUGAACAAGAUCCCCCUGGUCCCCGACGGCAUUUACAUUGAAGAAAUUCUGAACAAAUGGAGAGGAGACUAUGAACAACUGGAGCACAACCACACGUACAUCCAAUGGUUGUUCCCACUGCGAGAGCAAGGCCUGAAUUUCUAUGCCCAGGAGCUAACUCAGGUUGAGAUUAAGGAGUUCCAGAGCACCAGGGAGGCCAAGCGACGCUUUCUGCUGGCGUACACCGUCAUGCUGGACUUCUUCGGCAUCGCGCUCCUCGACAAGAACGGCAACGUGAGCAGAGCCCCCAACUGGCAAGACCGCUUCCAGCACCUCAACGAGUCUCAGCACAACUACCUGCGCAUCACGCGCAUCCUGAAGAGCCUGGGGGAGCUGGGGUUCGAGAGCUUCAAGCCUCCGCUGGUGCGCCUCCUGCUGGAGGAGGCGCUGGUGGAGGGCACCCUGCCCAACAUGCUCCACAGCGCGCUGGAGUACUUUGUUUACACGCUGCGGGACCGCGCCCAGAGGAGGGAGCUGCUCCGAUUCGCCCAGCAGCACUACCAGCCCCCCGAGGACUUCAUCUGGGGGCCCCCCAGGAGGAAGAGGGGGCCCGCGGCCGUCAAACCCGGCGCCGAGCAGGACAAGAGCACCGCCAAAACCAGGUCCGCCAAGGAGGAUGCUGGGAAGGGCCCCGCCUCCCCGGAGACAGAGGGAGUCCAGGGAGAAGCGGAGGAGGAGGAGGAGGAGGAGGAAGGUAGCCUGGGGGCGUGGAACGCGCGGAAAAGGGAGGAACAUUCCGCCAAAUCCCCCAGCGCCAAAUGCUCGCCAGAAGGGAAGGGGGAGGGGAAAAGCCAGGGAGACAGGAAGGAGCACGCAGACCCCGCCCCCCUGUAAGCCAGGAACGCUCAGGAUUCUGGGAUUGGGAGUGUGAAUCUCCCGUAGCAAUACCAUCCCACGCCUUGCCCCCCAACACCCCCACCCCGCCCCCUUCUUUAGGAACACCUCUACGUGCCCAGUGUCUAGGAGUUAAAGUCUUGAUAACCUCUAAUAACCUUUUAGCUGUAGUUCUUACCUGAAUCCACCUUGUCCGCUAAGGAGCAUUAGCACACAGAAUGGUGAUGGGGGUGCCUGAGUGUACACCCCCUGUGUUGAGUAUUGCACCUUUGACUAUACUGUCUUCCAUUAUAGAGAUGUUUGUCACGGUUCAGCGUUGGUAUAUUUGCAAGCUGCUAUGUAACCCCACAACCUCCGUCCAAUGCCUUGUGCUUUAUGGGUUUUCCACCCCCUCCAUUUCUUUAGCGGCUUCUUAUAGAUACAUGUAGUGGUGAACCUUGAAGUAUAAUCGUCAGGUAUUGGUCGUCUGCCAGGUAGAACAGUUCACCUGAGUCUGUGCAUUUGUGGGAGUGUAAGUUUUCUAAAAUAUGGAAGUGCCUCCUUUUUAUAUGUGUCACGUUUGAGUACAAAUACUGGAGCCAAGCUGCCUGACCCAUUUUAAUGGGGUUGAGCCGAAAUGGCGGGUCGUCUUUCUUUUUACUCCUGUUCUUCCGAGAUUAUUCAAGUAUCAGAGGAGGAGGAGCUGCUCCUGUCCUUCAGAACCGUGCCGUGCUAAACGAAGGCUCUCCCUCCUCACCCGUGGGCACAGCAGCUGGGAGUGAGUCCCCGGGUGCCCACGUCCUGCCUGUUUCAGGGUGAUGUGUGUGUGCCAGGGUGCCCACGUCCUGCCUGUUUCAGGGGGAUGUGAGUGUGCCAGGGUGCCCACGUCCUGCCUGUUUCAGGGGGAUGUGAGUGUGCCAGGGUGCCCACGUCCUGCCUGUUUCAGGGGGAUGUGAGUGUGCCAGGGUGCCCACGUCCUGCCUGUUUCAGGGUGAUGUGUGUGUGCCAGGGUGCCCACGUCCUGCCUGUUUCAGGGUGAUGUGAGUGUGCCAAGGUGCCCACGUCCUGCCUGUUUCAGGGUGAUGUGAGUGUGCCAAGGUGCCCACGUCCUGCCUGUUUCAGGGUGAUGUGAGUGUGCCAAGGUGCCCACGUCCUGCCUGUUUCAGGGUGAUGUGAGUGUGCCAGGGUGCCCACGUCCUGCCUGUUUCAGGGGGAUGUGAGUGUGCCAAGGUGCCCACGUCCUGCCUGUUUCAGGGGGAUGUGAGUGUGCCAAGGUGCCCACGUCCUGCCUGUUUCAGGGUGAUGUGAGUGUGCCAGGGUGCCCACGUCCUGCCUGUUUCAGGGUGAUGUGCCUAUGGCCUUUAGCAGGCCUGGGGUCACUGGGUCACUAAUCGGUGAAGUGAAUUUUAAGUAAUUUCCUGAACCAGACCGGUGAAACAGAUUUGACCCCCGACCCAACACGGGAUGGUGCUGCGGUGCGUCUGAAGCCCGUCUCUCUCAAGACAGCCGGGACGGGGCGUGAGAUAAGCUGGGGCGGGGCGGCUGGCCGGGGGUCCAGGGCCCCGAAAGCUCUGUGGUACUGCUGGGCUACUGAGUGCUGGGGAGGGGAGGGGGGGUGCAGGGAACAGGUUGUCCGGACGCCCCCCCCCCUCCUCGGCAGCGGUUUGUCAGGCGCUCGGUUCUGGGACGGGCCACACCCACCGGGUGUUUCCAAGGGCAGGCAUUUAGAGGGGUCCACUGCGCACCCCCACGGGGCAGGUCCCGUGCUAUGUCACUGUGGUAGUCCUGGUAACCAGUCUACGGAAACGUAAGGUGCGAUUGGAUAACUGUAUUUUAUAAUUCAGUACCUGUAUGGCAAUGUUACUGUUGAUGUGGCAGUAGUUUCUUUUUAUUGCAGACUGCUGUAUUAAAGUAUGGUCUAGAAAAACUA